AACGCGAUGGAAGAAGAUCACCCCCACGGUGUCAAGGAAGGGGGCGGGCGGGGGAGGCGCACGGACGUCCCCCGCCCACCCCCACCACGCUCGGCAGCAGCCUUUAAAAUCUGCGAGACACCGCAGGUCUCAACACGGAGGAACCUCGACCGUUUCAGGUGUAUCUGUCUGCAACUGACCAUGAAGGCUGGAGCUCUCGUCCUUGCCCUGGCAGUCCUCACUGGCUGCAACGCCCGUGUGGUGCGCCAGGCCGACGCCACCCCAGACCGCUGGGUGGAGACCAUAGACCGCUUCUGGCAGCACAUCUCCGAGCUGAACCAGAAGGCCGAUGGAGUCGUGCAGACCAUCAAGACCUCGCAGCUCAACCGAGAGCUUGACACCCUGAUCACGGACACCAUGGCCGAGCUGACGGAGUACAAGGACAAAAUCCAGACAAAACUGAGUCCCUUCGCUGCCGAAUCCACCGGCCAGCUGGCCACUGACCUGCAGCUCCUGGCCAACCGGCUGCUGAAGGACAUGGUCGACGCCAAGGAGCGCAGCGGCAACUACCUGGCCGAGCUCAAGUCCAUGGUGGAGCAGAACUCCGGCGAUGUCCAAAGCCGCAUCAACACCUUCACUAACAAGCUGAAGAAGCGCCUCAACAAGGACGCCGAUGACAUCCGCAAUACAGUGGCCACCUACCUGGGUGAGUUCCAGUCCCGCACCUCCCAGAACCUGGACGCCGUGAGGGGGCAGGUGGAGCCCUUCGUCCAGCAGGCCGGUGACACCGCCUCCCAGAAGAUGAGCGACCUCUCCACCGUGCUGAAAACCCAAGCUCAUGGUCUGGGCCAGCAGCUGGAGAGCCAGGCCGAAGCCCUCAGAACCCAGUUUGAGACCACCGCCGAGGAGCUGCGCACCUCUCUGGAAGGGAAGAUCGACGAGCUGACCGAGCUCUUUGCCCCGCUUGCCGCCCAGAUCCGCGAGAAGUUCGAAACCAUGAUCGAGACGCCUGACAGCGCCUCGGCUUAAUGAGAAACACUUUGAGGGGAAGCUGGAUGCGGGGGUUUUACAGACCUGCGAAGGAGGAGGAGGAAGUUGAGAGUUACUGAUUCCAUCGUGACUUUGUUGCCCUCUAGUGUUCAGUUCAGUUGAGCGUGUUUGUUGUGCUUGUAAAUAAACAUUCACCGAGUGGGCCUUACUCUAAUGCACCAAAAAUGCCUUUCAUUUCAAGUUUAUCAUUUCAAUCAACACUUUUUUCCCCCCUCCAAAACUCUACGAGGAUUGGAUGCGAUAAUGACAAUCAGCCGCUAGGUAGUGCUGCCACGCUUGUUGUUGCUUGUAACCCGUACAGCGCGUCACUGAAUUACUGAUGCUGCGCCCUGUAGCAAAUGAAUAAAGAACUCAGAAAAGA